AUGAGAGGCCGUGCAAAGUCUGGCAAGACAAUUGAUAUUGUACUGAACGAAGAAAAGUUCUACUUUCCAGGAGACUCUUUGCAAGACAAAGAGACCAUCACUUUAUUCCAACGCACCCAGAACAUCCGAGCUUCUCCUGGUGAUAAGGCGUGCAUUCUAGAAGCCAAGCAGCAUUCGUUUGCUUUCAACUUUGAGGUGCCCAAGGGAAUCGAGCUGCCCAGCACCAUGGAGUUUGCCAGAAAAGCAAAGGUGCGAUAUGUGCUUACUGCAAUCCACGAUCGACCGAUGGUGCCCGAGUCGUUCUGUCCAAAGGCCCAAUACGUGGUGCCCAUUCUCGAAUAUCUUGAUAUCGAAGCACCUCAAUUCAGGAUCCCUCAAGAGAAAACUGCCAAAGCGCCAUCCUUAUCCAGCAAGCAAUGUCAACUCAAGAUGUCUAUUCCCCGUACCGGUUUUGCACGAGGCGAUAUCGUCACCAUCCACAUAAUUGUCACAUGCUCAGAGUCGUUGGUUGUCAAUAAGGGUCUACGGCUGGAUUUGGUACGGAUGGCGGAUAUUCGUAGCGGACGACAUCAGUUUGUCAAGGAGGACGUGCUCAAGACAACCGAGCAUGACCUGAACAUGAUUGGACCCUACAACUUUUCACAAGCCAUAUCAUGCCAGAUGCCCAUUCCGACGUCAACACCCCCGACGAUUGGGUAUGACGGAAUGACGCUACGCAUGUACUACCAAAUUCGCGCCAAGGUGCGUCUCACAGACAUUAUCGAAAAGCCAAAGACAGUUACACUCGAACUCCCUAUUGUCGUUGGCACCUGGCCCCUGGCCGAUAUACCCAUCGACGAUGACGAUGACGACGACGACGAUUCCUUAAUGAUUGCACCGCAUAUCGCAUUGACACCCAAGGAAGACACUGUGGAUCGGUCGGACAGCAAGUCGUCAAAGAGGUCUGCGUCGUCUUGGCGUUCAAACCAAUCCUGGGACUCACAACCGCUUUCACGCAACACGUCGUUAACCACGCCGGAUAAAUUAUCUUCGUCAUCGUCAUUUGCUCGAACGCCCUCAGUCACCGAACCACCUGUUCUACCCCCGCCACAACCAGCACCUUUACCAACCAACAACAACAACAACAACAAUAAUAAUCGCAAUAAUUCAUCUGAUGACGAUUCGUCUGAUGACGACGGAGACUUGUUGCGUAUUGUUCGCAAAAAGAAGAAGGCCGAGCAAAAGAGACAGCGGCAAUCCAUGCGUUUGUAG